UUUAUUUUAUAAUCCGUAUAGUUACAUUGGUUUAUGUACUUCGGAGUUACGGGAAGACUUUCGCUUGCUCUGAGAUGAGACUAACGAAAAUACUCAUCGGUCUAUAUGUGGGCUCGUAAUCAAUUGCAUUUGCAUCCCGUUAGUUCACAAAGCAUUAAUACAGUAAUUUCCACAGUAGUUUGUCAAACAAUUAUUUAGGUUUUGUGUAGAGUGUGCAGUGGGAUUAUGGAACGGUCUAAUUGACGUACAUGUAUGCUAGUCUUUUUGUUCGGGUGCAUAUCGACUCACAAAAUGAUUAAACUUCAUAAGGUGUGCUAUAUGAUGGCUUGCUGACUAAAGUCAUUGAGUUCACUAUAGUUGAACAUUCACACUUACGAAUAACUAAAUAUUUUACUUGAUCUUAUAUAGCAAAUAUUCACUUGUUAUCUUGCUUACACAAGUUUUAAAAUUUUUUUAGACUAUCAAUCAUAGCCCAGAUAAAUAAGUUCUUUUCACUUUCUAAGACUAAGUUUCGCCAGCCGAUUCAUAAAUUCUGCAUUAUUCACUCACUAUGAUAACAUAAAUUUUUAAAAAAAUGAUUACCUCAUUUUCCUUCUCACAGAUCUCAUAUUUCUGUGUUUGAAUUAUUAUCUCUUAAAUCACAGUGUAUAUUUACUCUAUUUUCGUCUAAAACAGGUAUGGGAUAAAAACAUAAACUGUAUAACUUGAAAAUUGGUUCAAAUGCAUCUUAGGUUGAUAAAAUAGAUUAGUUUUAAUUAGGAAACGGUGACAAUGUGGUCUCACGAAGUCUUUGAGUAGCAAUAUAACUAUGUUUGGAAUGCGUUUUCUAUACUUUGAUUACUAACAUGUUGCUUUUGGACUGGUCAACAUUAUGUGGAUUAAUCAUUGCGAGUAAACUUAGUAGUCUGUUAUGUAUUACUAUAUGACAAAUAUGGUCUUUGGAUGUAGACGUGAGUUGCAGUUUUGUGAUCAUUGAUAUCUUUGUCGCAUUGCUCAGGUAUCCUAGGAAGAUUGAGUAAACAACAUUGAGGUAAAACACAAAGUACUAGAGAAAGAUAGGGAAUCGAGUAGUGUGGUUAGAAAUUUUUAUCGUCUGAGGUAGUUGGGCAUGUUUUACGUAUGUCUAAAUGUCAUCUAUCUUGAGGGUCUAUGCUAGCUGGUGUAGGAGUAGGUUUGGAGAAAACUAAGCUAGGUCAAAAGAUAAAGAUGUAUCAGUUCAUAAAAUCACUGAUUGUUGGUCUAAGCCGUAUUAGCAGGUACGGGCUACCUGGUUGGGGCCCGCCCGACAAUCACAAUUACUGGUUGGAGGCGUUAAGUAAAGUAGCUCUGAAUUGGUCUCGGUAGAGCUAAUAGAUUUACUGUCCAUCUUACUUUAGAUUUUAAGUCCCAGUAUUCUUUCAUCCUUUUUUCAUUCCGUCUCUUCAAACCAUAUAAAUAAGUUAGCCUUUUUCAUCAUUACUGUUACAUUAUUUCUACUCGGCCAUUCAUACUUCUGAUUUUAUUUUGUCUUACUGAUGUGGUUUGACAGCCGUACGUUGAUUAGGACUAAUUGGCCAACUGUUAACUGUUGUAAAAUGAGAAAAGAUUUUCGUCUCUUUCGCAAAUUUUGGAACUAAAUAAAAUAUGUGACAGUACGGAUAAGAUUAUCCUAAGUUGAUAGGGAAAUCUAAUCAAAUAACCAAAAUAUACAUAUAACCAGUCAGUCGUCAAUAAUAAUACAACUGGAAAGUCUUUGUUUAUUUACAUUGAACUGCUCUUAUUAUAUUUCUGUCUAGAGGGUUAAGAAAUUGUUCAUAUUUAAAUAUAUUUUCUUAACACUUACGUAUGAUUUAGUGUUUCCAAAUUGAAAUAUUAUAUCUUUACUUUUUUCGUGUAAAAUUUCUCUUUAUCAUUUUGAAAUCUUUUAGAUAGUGUUUAACUUGAUCAAUGUUUAACAUAUUUGAAAGUAAUAAAGAUAAUACAACUGAAGAUGGAAGGCUAUUGUAUAACUUUUUCAGCCUACUUUAUAUUUUUGGAGGAGCGGUUCCUUAUAUUCCACAAUAUUUAAAAAUUCGCAAAACACAAUCUAUUAAAGGUUUUUCCUCAUUUGUUUGUUUUAUACUUUUAAUAUCGAAUGUUCUAAGAAUAUUGUUUUGGUUUGUACAGCCAUUUUCAACCGCCUUACUUUUUCAAAGUUUCAUUAUGAUUGCUACUAUGCUUAUUCUACUGAGAGCUAUUACUCAGUUGUCUAGCAUAAAGCGUUCUCCGUCUAUGCCUUGUACAAUCAGUAUUAGGAAAGUAGAGACAGAGACUUGGAAUAUCGAUCAGUUCCAAGUGGAUGGUGGAUAUGGCUAUACGCGUAAAACUUCUCGAAGUUCUCAUAGGCACCGUUAUGCCUGGUGGUCAAAGCGUGAUGAAGAGUUAGGAGCAGGAGCUAUAUCUGGUUAACUCCGGAAACUUCCAAGUCGUCCGAGCUGCUAACAGCUAGAUGCGUAGUGUAAAUGAAACAUCCUAUGUGAUUAAUGGCACGCCGAUUAGUAAUCUUCAAAGACACUUUGAAUGCUAAGUAGGGUACUUUGUGGGUUAGUUUAACUGGUUUCCUACUACUCAAACAGUAUCAACAAACCUGUCCUGUUCUUGGGAUGUGUCUAUCAGUACACCGAACUAGGCGGAGUUCCACAACGAACUCCAGCUUCUGGAGCAUUCCUAGUCAUUAAUCUCAGACAACCUACCCUCAACUCUUUUCAACGAUAGAGGCAAACAUCUGCUCAGAGAACUUACCAAACCGUUUGGAAAGAUUUAGCAAUUUAAGAGCGUUUUAUCGUCCUGGACUGAAGCGAUUGUCGAUUCAUAUCUUUGAGGGGUCUAUUUAAAGGUUGCAAUAUUUUUGACGAUAUCUGGCUUCGUAAUUUUUGGAAAUGGACACAUUUCUCUAACUAUUUAUUAUUCCUAUGUUUAUUUACACUGAUUUCCGGUCUGUGCACUUACUUAUUGUCAUCGAGUCAAAUUUAUAUUCAAUUAUUGGGCUUUACUGCCUUGUUCAUCGAAUCUAUGUUGGGUUUACCACAAUUUACGAAGAAUUAUUAUAAUAAAUCGAUUGUUGGAAUGAGCAACUCGUUGAAUUUGAAUUGUGUGCAAUUUAAUCGAUUUUUAAUGCUCUCUAGUUGAUCACAUUUAAAUGUAUGCGGAUUUAAUUAUAUGAAGGUAAUUUUCGUCAUGAAGGCCUUGGAAAACAGUGUCAGUUGUUUUAUCUGGGUUAAGGAUCCCUAAAUAACUUAUACAUAUUGUAUUGCACGACAUCUAACAGAGGACGAUCGACACUGUGAUUUACACCAUACCUUUGGCUGACUGAAUUAGAGUUCAAUGUCGAUAUUUCCGAAUUCAAUCGAUAUCUGAAAUAAUUAAGGUAAUAAGUAACUUGUUUGUCAGUUAACAUUUUUAGAUACCUUAAAAAAGGUUACCAGUCCGGCUCACGAUUAAAUACUGUUUUUUUCUUUGAAUUCAGUUAAUUGAUGGUGUUAGGAAAGGAAUAAAAUAAAUGAAAUUUAUGCAUUUUCAAAUGCAAAACUAUUACAAUGAAAUGAAUUAGACAGAUGACUCACAAAUCUUGAAUAGUAUAAUGAAGUAUAGUAAGAUAAUAAUCAGGAGUAUUGUAUAAUGAUAAAAAUUAGGACCGUGAUAAUGAAAGCGCGUGUACCAAAUGUUCGAUUAAUUCUGAAAACUUAAUACUGUUAUUAUUUAUUUAUUUGAACACGUAAACAUUGGUGCAAGAAGGCGCUAAAUACAUAUGCACCACACAGCAAUGAUGGUGUGAAGAAAUAGAGAGUGGGGGUUGAGUAAGACAGUAAGACGAUAUCGUCCGCAUCUUCAAGGUCGAAGUCUUUCUCCCGGCAGCAGAUCCGCAGAUCCUACAUCCAUCGGAGCUGUUUCCAGAACGUCAUCGUUGGCAAAGUUGGAGAGGAAUAGUGAGAUCGGGCAACCGUGACUAAACAUGUCAAAUUAAUGUAAAACUUGCAUAUCUCUAUCAUCAUUAUCAGAUUUACAAAGUUGAAAUCUGGGAAGCUUUUAGUAGUCAGACUGUUGAUCAUGCUUUGAUUGAUAUACGUUAGUCGCAAGUAGCAUGGAUGAUUUAGUCUCAUAUCACGUGUCGAGUUGUCAACGAUUUCACUUUUUGAAGGUUAGAGAACUUGUUCCACCAAAUCUUUAAAAGUUGAUUACUUUUCAUUUGUGACUGUCAACAAAUUGUCUUAAAUUUAACAUAAAUUCAAACUGAUAUUAUUAUCUUUCAUUUUUUUGUCAUCUUCAGUAUUUCAAUGGUGUUAAUGUGG